UCCUGUUUAGUUAAAAUGUCACACUUUCAUGCCGUCCCCCUCCCACCCUCUAACAAAUCUUCAGAAUUAGUUGAAGAAGAAGAAUCCAAAGAGAGAGAGAGAGAGAGAGAGACGAGAAUCCAGAUGGUUUUCACAAAUUCUAUCUAUGGCGUGUCUCACCGUAGUCAGAGUUUUCUUUGCCCAGAAACAGAAUGUGAGAGGGUAGACUCUGUUUUUGGCGUAUAUUCCUCAAGGGGUCGUGUUAUUUCGGGGAAUUGAAGCUCUAAAAAUAGGGGGAUUGACGAAAAAAAGAUGGCGAAACACAGGUCCUUCAGAAGCAAAGCAGUUCACUUUGUGGCUGAUCUUACCACCGACCUCCUUAAUCCCAUCUCUGACAAGCCCUCCUCUAGGCUGUCUCCUUCCCUUCCUCCUCCUCCGGAGGAUGAAAUCGGAUAUAGAAGAAGAAACCAACUAGAGCCAAUCACUGAAGAGCAGGUUAAGGAUUUGGUUGACGAGCCAGACACUUCUUCUCUCACUGCAUUCCUCUAUUCUCUACUGGUCUCAGAUCCCAAAGAUAAAGCUGGUCACGACAAACAAGAGGAUUCCCAGGUGGAAACUAGUGAUAAAUCGUGGGUUAAUGCUGGUACAAUGAAGGAGACUGAUGGAAAGAAAAGCUUGCUUUCCAAGUAUAAGCAAGCCUUAAGAUUUUUUUAUCAGGCUGCUAAGUUUGGCGGCUUCAAGAGUCAGGAGAAGAAGAGCAAUUCCGAUGUAAAGCAGGAAGAAGAAACUGAAAAUGAUGGCCUGGAGAUGAAGCAUAUGCAGAAUGUCAAAGAGGAGACAAUGGUACAAGCAAACUUGAGCUUACCAGAAGCUUCAGAGCCGUCUAGGCUUCUUUCAGAACGAACAAGACAGUCCCUAUAUGCUUCACUCCCUGCACUUAUCCAAGGAAGGAAAUGGCUAUUGCUUUACAGCACUUGGAGGCAUGGUAUAUCACUCUCCACACUCUACAGGAAAAGCCUGCUUUGGCCUGGUCUGAGCUUACUGGUUGUUGGGGACAGAAAAGGCACCGUCUUUGGUGGUCUCGUCGAAGCACCUCUGAUUCCAACCGAUAAGAAAUAUCAGGGAGGCAACAAUACAUUUGUUUUCACAAACAAGUCCGGACAGCCCAUUAUAUUCCGUCCCACUGGAGCGAAUAGGUACUUCACUUUGUGCUCUAAAGAGUUUAUAGCUCUUGGAGGGGGUGGGCAUUUCGCUCUCUAUCUGGACAGAGACCUGUUGAAUGGAUCAAGCGCGUAUUCUGAGACAUACGGGAACCCUUGUCUCUCCAACUCUCAGGACUUUGAAAUCAAGGAGGUCGAGCUGUGGGGGUUUGUGUACGGCUCAAAGUAUGAGGAGAUACUUGCUCUCAGCAAAACAGUGGAGCCUGGAAUAUGCAGGUGGUGAAUAUGGAUAUUAUGGAUAUGGAUAUGAUGAAAUCAAUGUGGGUUUUGCUUCUUCUUCAUUUUUUUGUUUUUUUGUGUAAAUGCUUUUAACGUUUUGCAUUGCAAAGAAUCUGAUGAAUCAAACUGUUGUUAAUUGGAGUGGAUGACAAAUGACAAUGCUGAUCCUUUGCUAUUCCUAUAUAUAAUUUCUUUUUCCUGA